GGGAUGCGAUGUGUGCGGUGAUUGGCCGGGUAGUGAAGCCGUAUUCCGUGUGACCUGUGACAAGCUGCUGGCGGGAAGCGUUAGACGGAGGUGGACAUGAGCCAUGAAACUGUUCGAGAAACCAAGACUCUGCAGGUCCAGUUUGUCCCGGAUGAGGAUGUCCUGGAACACAUCAGUGAUAAGCAAGAAGGGGUAAAACUCCAAAGUAUCACUGCAGCUCAGCGUAUUGUCAAUGUAAAGAAGUUAAUUAACAAAGUUGAUGAGAUCUUUGAUGAAGAAAACCCACAGGUCUGGAAAGAACAAGAUUAUGUGGAAGUGUUGGGAGCGAAUACUGAAGAUGCCAUUAAGGAGGGCUCAGUGGCAGGUGGCGGGGAACUGUAUUCCUUCUACACAAUCAAGCGUUCAAACAAGAUGGCGAAGCUUGCAUCGGAAAUGGCCAGAACACCUGGGAAGACGGUGACAUUCUCUUUAUCACAUAGUCCAGAAAAAGAAACAAGUCCACCGGCUAUUACUAAGAAACAAUCUGCUACAAACAAAACUCCAUCUAAGGUCAGAAAAAAGGAAUUCAUUUCUACAACACCCCACCGAUUAAGGAAAAGACUGUCAGCUCCUAAUUUAAGAUCUGACAGUGAAAGCGAUUACUCUGUUUCUGAAUCCGAUGAGGAACCACAGGAGGUUACUUCUCAAUCCAAAACACCAAGCAAAGAGUCUCAGACCCCUAGUAAAACUCCAUCCAAGAAAGGAAAGAAAAAAGCUGAAAACAAUUUGGUAGAAGAAUAUUUUGAAGCUCACAGCAGUUCAAAGGUUUUCACUUCGGAUCGGACACUGCAGAAACUUCAAACUCCAAAAUUAGAUCAGGAGACAUUGCGGAAGCUUCUUGAACAGUCACCCUCCGCAUUUGCUGGUGAAAUUGAAAGCCUGAACAAGCAGCACGAGGCUCUGUUUUAUAAAUGGGUGCUACAGAUGCACCUUGGAUUCAACAUCAUUCUCUUUGGCUUGGGAUCCAAACGGAAUCUCAUAGAGAAGUUCCGAACCUCUCUGCUUCAGGAUUCUCUCCACAUUGUUAUCAACGGGUUCUUCCCAAGUAUUACUGUGAAAUCUAUUUUAAAUUCCAUCACGGAUGAAGCCAUUGGACACACUGGGACAUUUCGAAGCCCCCUUGAUCAAAUGGAAUUCAUAGUACAGAUGUUUAAAGACAAUCCAUCCCUUGAACUGUACCUUCUUGUUCAUAAUCUGGACAGUCAGAUGUUAAGAGGGGACAAAAGUCAACAGGUCUUGGCACAUCUAGCGUCUGUACCUAGGAUCCACCUUCUUGCCUCUGUUGACCACAUCAAUGCUCCUCUCUUGUGGGACCAGUCUAAACAGAGUCUGUAUAAUUGGUUAUGGUAUGAGACCACUACUUAUAGUUCCUAUGUAGAAGAGACAUCCUACGAGAACUCACUGCUGGUGAAACGCACCGGAGCACUGGCUCUCAGCUCCCUCACUCAUGUGAUGCGCAGCCUCACCCCCAAUGCCAGAGGCAUUUUCCGGCUGCUUGCAGAGUAUCAAUUGGCUAAUAAAGACAACCCUUCUUAUUCAGGCCUUUCCUUUCAAGAUUUCUACCAGCAAUGCAGAGAAGCCUUCCUUGUAAACAGUGACCUAACACUAAGGGCUCAGCUGACUGAAUUCAGAGAUCACAAGCUGAUCCGUACAAAAAAGGGUGCAGAUGGAGUGGAAUAUUUGUUAAUCCCUCUUGAUUUAGGAACCUUGACAGACUUCUUAGAAAUGGAAGACAAGGAGUCCUAAACCAGUGAAAUGCAAGAGUUCAUUAUUUCUUUUUUUUUUUUUGCUUGUAAGUAAAUGUGGCAUUCUUAAUUAUUUGCCCGGACAAGUGACUGUAUUUACAGUUUGACAUAUUUCUCAAGAACCAAUUCUUCAAAGGAAUCUGCAAGCGUUCAAAGAUUUUGUGGCAAAAACGUUACUUAAGUUUCCUUCCUCAGAAACAAAAUGAAUAUCUGUACAGAUCUUUAUUUUUGUAAGGAUAUUAGCAGUAUAUGAAAUAUUUCAGUACUAUAAAAUAUUUUGAAUUCU